AUGCCGAAGGCUACGAUUGACGAGAAUCAUGUGUUCAUGUACCACCUGGUGCAGAGCAUUGGUGAUAAAACUAUUGACUACGACGCCUUGGCCCAAGCUGUCAAUCUUAACAAACCGGCUGCCCGUAUGCGCUGGAGCCGCUUGAAAGCCAGGAUCGAAGAGGCCAGAACUGAAAACAACAAUGACGACAACAGGGACGCGACCACCCCUCAGACUACUGAGCCCGUCACUGAGUCGGAAACCUCUUCCCCGGUUAAGAAAAAGCGACGCACCCUCAAGCGUAAGCGCAGCGCCGGUGACGAAGACGGUGCAAGGGAUGGUGAUGCUGGCGCUGCCACCGCCGACUAG